AUGGCUACUACUGGCGAUUGUACGGAUGUCACCCUUCUUGUGCCUCUGCGCCCCCCGUACUACUGCCCUCACUGCAUGCCAUGUUACCGAGACUACGUCGAUCAUGGAGGCUUGUCCCGGCACCUUCGCCGCGGCCAUAGAGCCAAACUGAACUUUGAAUGCCGUGCUUGCGGAGUACGCUCCGACAAGCUCAAGGAAAUCAAGCUCCACCAGGCAAAGUCCGCCAGCUGCUCCAGUCAGCUGCCGACUAUCUCGCCCAAUAGCUCCAGGGACCCGAAGCAACGCCUCCGUAUGCCGGCCAACCCCUUGGGACCACGAGCCCGGCGCUCGACACGAAGGCACGACGCAGCCUGCCCAACCCCCCAGGACAGUAGCUGCGUCGACACCGACCGCAGCCCGCCUCCAUCACCAACUAACGACCAAGUAACCAACUCUUCGCCAUGCACCAAUGACACAUCAGUCACUCCUCGUGGCGCCAGUGAUAGCACCACCCCACCUCUCAUCAGACGUCCUCGCCGCCGCCGCCACCGCCGAUCGUCCACGCAAGACCCCACUGCCGAUGCUGCCUCUGCCAUCCUUCCCAACACCAACGCCUCUGUUUCUACUAGUCUCACUACCGACGUCACCCCUUCCAGCGAGCCAGCCACCCAACCGCCGGCCGCCGUCGACUCCACCUGCCAGCCAGCUGCCACCUCCACUCGCCAGCCAGCUGCCACCACCAACCCGGACGACCAACCCGCUGCUCCAGUGGCCAACCAACCCGCCGUCGACACCAAUGCCGAGCUCCCGCAAUGGGUCACCGCUUGGUGCGAGCGUUUCAACUGUGCACUGGACGAGGACAUGCUGGAAGUCAUGGUGAGUGACCUCACUUGCCUGGCCCAGAGCAUGUCCCCCCAACAGCGGACACAAGCCAACAGCUACCAACGCCAACCUCGCCGUCCCACCAACCAACGCAGCAACACCAACAGGCCUCAACGGUACAACGCCGCCGAAGCAAGUAGAGUCCAGCGCCUCUACCGUGCUAAUAAAAGGAAGGCCUUUGAAGAAAUCACAAGAGGCACCGGCAGAUUCUGCCAGAUCGGUAAGUCUGCCCUUACUGACCACUUUAAUGCCAUUAAUAGCCAACCCUCUGCAGACCUGGGACCAACCAGCGACCAGCUACCACCACCCCUCCAACCGACGAGCGACGACCCCCUCAACUGCGUUUUUACUCCCAACGAGGUCUCUACCCGGCUCAACAAAUGCCACAACACAGCGCCAGGCCCUGACGGCGUCCGUUACUACACCUGGAGACGUCUGGACCCCCAGGGCCACAUCCUCGCAUCGCUGUUCAACGCAGUACACCGUACUGGAGCCAUUCCAUCGGCAUGGAGAACCUCAACUACAAUCCUCCUACACAAGAAGGGCAGCCGCGACGAUGUUCGCAACUGGCGCCCCAUUGCCUUAGCAAACACUUUAGGUAAGAUCUACGCCGCCUGCAUCGCCAACCGCCUCCUGCGUUGGUGCGAGGAGAAUAACACCAUCUCCACCGCGCAGAAAGGAUUCAUGCGAUUUGAGGGCUGUUCUGAGCACACAUUUGUGCUCCAGUCCAUCAUCCAGGACGCCCGGCGUAGAAACAAAGAGUGCCACAUAGCGUGGCUGGACCUUGCCAAUGCCUUUGGCUCGGUCCCUCACUCCACCAUCCUCGCCUGCCUAAAGUGGUGUGGCCUCGGCCCACACUCGAUCUACCGCAUCCGACAGCUCCUAACCGGCUGCCACACCCGUAUCCGUUCCUGCACCGGACUUACGGAUCCCAUCCCCAUCUUGGCAGGUGUUAAGCAGGGCUGUCCCCUCAGCCCAAUCCUUUUCAACAUUGUUGUAGAGCCAGCUCUCCGCCUACUAUCAAACCUACAGGUUGGGUAUCCUCUCCACGGCCACUCCGUCUCGGCACUUGCCUAUGCCGAUGACAUAACCAUCGCCAGCGCCACUAGAUCCGGUCUUCAAUCACAGUUGGACCUCUUGUCAUCAUGGGCCCAAUAUAGUGGCCUCUCCUUUAACGCCGCCAAAUGCGCCACCUUGUCCGUAGCAGACAAAUACCACUGCUCCAGCAGCUCCUCCAGCUUCAAAGUACAAGAGGCCCGCAUCCCAAAACUGAAGAAAGAAGAUCACUACUCUCACCUUGGAAUACCAACUGGUUUCACCGUAGGUACAACAGCAGAAUCAGUCAUUGACGGUAUCCACACAGAUCUUAGACUCGUGGACACUUCCUGCCUCGCUCCAUGGCAGAAGAUUGACUGUGUUAACACCUUCCUACUGCCACGGUUAACGUUCCACCUCACCCUAGGCAACACACCAAAAAAACGCCUCAACGACCUGGAUAAGGCAGUCAAACGCUGCAUCAAGCGCUGGAUGCACCUGCCCCAACGCGCCUCACCUGAAAUCGUCUACAUGCCCAACUGCCAAGGCGGAGCCAAUGUAACACCGUGCGGCAUUCUCGCCGAUAUUGCACAGGUGAGUCACGCUACUAACCUUUUCCUAUCCAGAGAUCCCACCAUCUCCAACCUCGCCACCAAGACACUCGAAAAAGUCGUUGAGAAGCGAAUAAGACGGAAGCCCACCGGCCAAGACCUCUGCACAUACCUCACCGGGUCCAUGGAGAACGAGUUCGGGACAGACCCUUACGACAUCCCCUCCCUCUGGACCCGCCUGAGAAUGGCAACCCGACGAUUAAGGAACCGAAUCAACCUCAACUGGCAUCCAAAUGAAGAUGGCACCCUCACUCCCUCCGUCGACGGUAAGCUUAUCAACAAACCAACGGCAUUCAACACCCUGUCAACCGCCGUGAAGACCACCUUCCUCGGCUCUCUUCUACGUAAGCCCGACCAAGGAAAGGUCUUCAAGCUUACCGCGACCAACAAGAACAGCAACCACUUCCUGCACGAUGGGAAUUACAUCAGAUUCGCUGAUUGGCGAUUCAUCCAUCGUGCAAGGCUUAGUGUAGUGCCUCUCCGCGGCCUUCGUCGCUUUGGAAACUCCACCCAGCAGUGCCGCAGAUGCCAGCGUCACCGCGAAACACUUGCCCACGUGAUCAAUCACUGUCCGCCCAACCUCAGCCAGAUCACGACACGACACAACGCGAUCCUCAACCGCCUGAUAAACGCCAUCGACCGCAAAAAUCUCAGAAUCUACACGAAUCAACAGAUUCCUGACUUCCACAGCACGUGUCGCCCCGACCUGGUGGUAAUAAACAACAAUCCGAAGACGGCGACCAUUGUCGACAUUGCCACCCCUUUCGAAAACGGCGAGGACGCCUUCAACCGUGCCAGAGAAGAAAAGAUCCGUAAGUACAGCGACCUCGCAGCCCACUACAAACACAAGGGCUAUGACACCUACAUCGACGCCUUCAUUGUCGGGGCCUUGGGGGGCUACGACGCCGCCAAUGAAGGUGUCAUUCAACGACUAGGCAUCUCACGGAACUAUGCUAAACUCAUGAGACGCCUGAUGGUGAGUGAUUGCAUAAAGGCCAGUAGAGACAUAUAUACUAACCACCUUGGCCCACGCUACCAGAAUUGA